GACGCUGCGGGCGGGUGUGUAGACUGCGGGUGGAAGGUGGACGCUGGGACUCGGGUUAGCUCUGGCUGCACCAGUCCUACCCCCGCCGUCGUUGCCACCAUGUCGGGGCUAGUGCUGCUGUAUUCCGGGGUCUUCGUGGCCUUCUGGGCCUGCAUGGCUGUCGUGGGAAUCUGCUACACCAUUUUUGACUUGGGCUUCCGCUUCGAUGUGGCAUGGUUCCUGACUGAGACUUCCCCCUUCAUGUGGUCGAACUUGGGCAUUGGCCUAGCAAUCUCCUUGUCUGUGGUUGGGGCAGCCUGGGGUAUCUAUAUUACUGGUUCCUCCAUCAUUGGCGGAGGGGUGAAAGCCCCCAGGAUCAAGACCAAGAACCUAGUCAGUAUCAUAUUCUGUGAGGCUGUGGCUAUCUAUGGCAUUAUUAUGGCGAUUGUCAUUAGCAACAUGGCUGAGCCUUUCAGUGCUACUGACCCCAAAGCUAUUGGCUAUCGAAACUACCACGCAGGCUACUCCAUGUUUGGGGCUGGCCUCACAGUGGGUCUGUCUAACCUCUUCUGUGGAGUCUGCGUGGGCAUCGUGGGCAGUGGGGCCGCCCUGGCCGACGCACAGAACCCCAGCCUCUUUGUAAAAGUUCUCAUCGUGGAGAUCUUUGGCAGUGCCAUCGGCCUCUUUGGGGUCAUCGUCGCAAUCCUUCAGACCUCCAAAGUGAAGAUGGGUGACUAGAUGAUCUGGUGGGUGGGGCCAUGCCCUGCUCUUAUUUAUUGCUGUUUUUCCUGGGAUAGCUGGAGCUGUACCUCUUAGCCUUCCAGGGGCCUUGGUGUUCAGGGCCCUUCUGCACUCACCUUUUUGCUGCCUGUUGACUUAGAGGCACCACAGUCCAGGCUGCAUCUUCAGUGUGAGAAGUGGGCUGUUGAUGGUGACUGUGUACAGUUGUGCACCUGUGGCCCCAACUUCCACCCUUACCCAUCUUUCCGUUGUUGUGAAAUAAACGUGUUAUUUGUCUGG